AGUCAGUCAUUCCCGAGUCGUCUUCUACAUUGGUUUGCGGUGUGUUUUGCUGACAAAUUCUCUAACUAGCCAUCUUCAUUCAUAAAAUCGUUCUGCAUGCAGGCAGCACGCGUUAUCGAUUUUCGUUUGUGUUCUCGCUUACGCUCGUGAGUUCGGUGGCUGAAAAGGUGCGACAAGGUUAGCGACUGUUUCGUUUCGAAAAGAUAAACAAAUCAUUGAUUGAUGCAAAGAAUCUUGUGAAGUUCGAGGAAUAGAUUUUUGUUGUCAUCGUUAUCAAUAGAACGGUCGGAAAAGGUUUAGGCAUGUCGCCGACGCAAGAAUAAUGCUUCCAGUGGGAUGCUGUACGGAGUUCUAGAAGUUUCAGCGGAAAAAAAGGUCUAGAAGAUUGAUGUGAUAAAGUGUAACAGCGUAAAGUAAAAUUUGUGCUCCUUAUAAAGUUGAAGCACACAUCCAACGAUGAUUUCCAACCAAAUUCAAAUCACGCUGGCAGUGCUGUCAAUCCUGCUGCUGGCUGCCAUGCUGCGUUCCACACGAGCAGAGCUGUUCACAGCCUUGGCCGACAUGGAAGAACUGAUGGAGACCGAGGCAGUACUGAUAACCAACCUCGAAAAGUACAUCCGAGUGCAGGAGGAGAAACUGGAUCAGUUAAAACUGAGGAGUGCCGAAUAUCAGCGGGAGCACGCGGAAGCCGCCAAAGACAUCAGCACCUACCUGUCCAAUCCGGUCAAUGCGUUUCUGCUGACGAAGCGAUUGACAACGGAUUGGCGCGAGGUGGAAAGUCUGAUGUCGUACGAUGUCGGGGCGGAUUUUCUGGAGAACGUUACGAACUACCGGGACGUGUUGAAGUUCCCGUCGGACGAGGAUCUGAACGGGGCGGCGGUGGCGUUGAUGCGCCUACAGGACACCUACAAUUUGGACACGGCUUCCGUUGCCCGCGGUGAACUGAACGGUGUCCAGUACAGUACGGAAAUGUCCGCUGGCGAUUGUUUCGAGCUGGGCCGGCAGACUUACCUGAACGGAGACUACUACCACACGAUGCUGUGGAUGCGCGAAGCGAUGGACCGGCUCUCGCAGGAGGUUAACCGAACGACAACGAAGGCGGAUGUACUGGAGUAUCUGGCAUUUUCCACGUUUAAACAAGGUAACAUGCAAACCGCUUUGCUGAUGACCAACGAGCUGCUGGAGCUGGUGCCGAAUCACGAGCGAGCCGUCGGUAACAAAGCUUACUACGAGAAGGAACUGCAGAAGGAAGCCUCUCAGAAAGCACUGCGAGGAGAUGACGGCAGCGAAGACGUACCGGUCGACACAACCAUCCAAUUCCGCACCGAUAGUGGUCCCAACGUGUACGACAGUUCCGAGCGGAAACUCUACGAACAGCUAUGCCGGGGUGAGGCCAACCGUUCGGUGGCGGAUACCUCCAGGCUCACGUGUCGGUACGUAACAAACAAAUCGGCCUUCCUGCGGAUUGCCCCGCUCAAGCUGGAGGAAGCUCAUCUCAAGCCGUACAUCGUCAUCUAUCACGACGUGAUGUCCGAUAAGGAAAUCGAUGUAAUGAAGCGGCUGGCUAAACCACGGUUCCGCCGAGCCACGGUACAGAAUUACAAAACCGGAGAAUUGGAGGUGGCCAACUACCGAAUUAGCAAAUCCGCUUGGCUCAAGGACGAAGAACAUCCGUACGUGAAAACGAUUGGACAGCGGGUUGAAGACAUGACCGAUCUGGCGAUGUCAACGGCAGAGGAACUUCAGGUUGUCAACUAUGGAAUCGGUGGUCACUACGAACCCCAUUUCGACUUUGCCCGUCGGGAGGAGAAAAACGCUUUCAAAAGUCUCGGAACGGGGAACCGCAUCGCGACGGUGUUGUUCUAUAUGAGUGACGUAGCCCAGGGUGGAGCAACGGUGUUCCCCAGCAUUCGGGUAGCUCUGUGGCCGAAGAAGGGAACGGCCGCCUUCUGGUACAAUCUGCAUGCAUCGGGCAAUGGUGAUUAUGCGACACGCCACGCGGCCUGUCCGGUUCUCACCGGUACCAAAUGGGUGUCCAACAAGUGGAUCCACGAACGUGGUCAGGAAUUUCGGCGACCCUGCGAACUUCGGCCCGAUCAUCCGGAAGAGUUCUGACAGCGGAUUGUCUACGAGGACGAACUGGACGAGUUGAGGAGUGUGGAUGAUGUGACGUGAAUAAGUGUGUUUUUUUUAACCAAAACUGCAUAGGAAAAGUUGACCGUACCUACCUAGGAUAAGCCAGUGAACACCAAAAUUACUCAUUUUAGCUCUCUUUUUUAAUAGCAGUAAUUUAGGUUUUUUUUUAAGUUUAAAAAAAAAUUAGUGGAUUCAACAACGAAUCUUCAUUGCCAUAUAAUUUAGUAGGACUUAUGGGGACGUCCAUAAACCACGUAGAACUAAAGCGAGAUGGGAAUGUUGUUUUGGAAAAAAACAUCCACAAACAUUAGACACUAGAUGGAAAAGUGCCAAAUAUCCGGUUUACCUGGUUUAUGAACGAUCCCUUACUAUAUUCACGUAUACUUCGCUUCUACUUUGCAUUUAAACAUAACCCAAGGCCCAAACACGUUCGAGUGCGAAAACUCCGCGGACGAAUUGUAAAUGUAAAUACGAUCCAUUUGUCGGUUGUCCUAUAACCGAAUACUUUUUUUCUUCUUCCAUCUUGUAACAGAUUUCAGUUAGUAAAAUUACUUAACACAGAUAA